UGAAGAGUAGCAAAAACCAAUCUCUGGCGCUGUAAAAUAGCAAUUACUAGUCUUGUUCGAAUCGUAGAAAAUUCAUUGUUAAAAAAAAUUAGAAGGAAACGGAAAGGGAGCAUGCGUUUCUCCCUAAAUUUGUAUUUAGUUGUGUAAAGAUUUUGGAAAAUUAAAGCAUAUAUGCAUUGAAAUGUCCGUCAAUCGAAGAGAUUACGAAAAAGAAAGAGAUGAUUUCUCGCGUGAUUUUCGUUCAAGUCGCGUAGAAAAGGACAAAAGAGGGAAUGAGAGUCAAUCGCGAACGUACAGGGAUUCAAGAGAAGAAGGGAGACGACGCGAAGGACGGCUUCGGCGAGAAAGGAGCCCUGAAAGAAUAAGAGACAGAUAUGUGCGAUCACGGGAUUCGUAUAGAGGUGAUGAUGAGGACGUGCGAUCUCGAGAUCGAGAGCGUACGUAUCGACGAGACCGAUACAGUUAUGAGGAAAAACGAAGGGAAGACCGUAGUGAAAACGAGUACGGAGGGAAUUGGGGACGUGAUCGAAGGCCAGAGCAAGAGCGAUCGAUUCGACGUGAACGGGAAAUGCGUAUGCGGUCCCCCGGAUCGCCAACUGGAGAUCAACAGCAACAAAAAGAAAGGCACCUCAUUAGUCCCGAAGAGUCUCAAAAGAAAAAAGGGAAACAAGAUAUGAAUCAUUCUUCAGAAAAUUAUUCGGAAGAUCAACCUUCGCCUCCGGCAUCGGAAAUGCGGGCUGGUGAGACAAAAACCGACAAGGACAAUAAAGAUGAGAUUUUCAUCGAACAAGACCCGAUGGCAGAUAUGCAGAGUAUGAUGGGCUUCUCAGGGUUUGGAACGACUACAGGAAAAAAACAUGGUGAUGUUGGGCAAGUAUUCAAGCAGAAAAAGGCUAAAUAUCGUCAAUACAUGAAUCGACCUGGAGGAUUCAAUCGUCCAUUAGAACGUGAUUGACCUCUUUUUCAAAACUCGUUUGUUUACGAGGGGAUUCCGUUCAAAAUGUUAUUUACCGAGGCGGGACGGCCGAAUUUACAUAACGUUCCGCGCCAUAAAGUCUGAAACUAAUAUAACCGAAGUCUAAUAAACGAGGAAGGGUGAGGUUCAAAAAAAAUUUUGCAGGGCUGUCAAGAAAGAAACUUUAGUGUAGUUUACGGUGGAAAGAAUACAAGGAAACCCGAAUAAGAAAAAUAUACUCUUCAUUUAUUUAUACCUUCUUUUUGUCUUAGAUGUUAUGGAAAGAAUAUCCCGAACGCAAAGCCUUGCAAUGCAUUUGAAGCUGAAAUGUUUUUUCAACAACCUAAAAACCUACUUGGUUACUGUGAGAAUAUUUGAAAUGAAUAUAACUAUAAUAAAGAAUAAAGAUGAAUGAAAUACAAAAAAAAAACUGAACCUGAAACUGUAC